UUGCUUCCAUACACUACGUGCCUGAAAAUCCACUUGCGAUUCUUUUACAUCUUCAAUACAGUAUUAUCAAACUCCACAAUGACUUCCGAUACUUCGCAUGCACAGCCCAGCUUCACUGUGACUCCGUUGCCCAAGGCUGCAAGCGAGAAACACAACUUCGGGGCGGUGGUAGAGGACCUUGACUUGGAAAACAUCGAUGACUGCAACGUCAAAGCCCUCGCAGAUGCUAUAUGGACACACAAACUGGUAGUUGUAAAGGGUCAACAGAACCUAAAUCCUAUCAAGCAAUGGGAACUUGUUACCCGCUUCGACCCAAAAGCGCCUUUGGUACAUUCUCACGGAGACCUGAAGACAUUCAACAAGCAGGGUGGCCUCCUCUCUCGAGGGCGUGAUGUGUAUGGCGUACCCGGUGCAGAGAAUGUCCGAAUCAUCGGCAAAGGUUACCAAGGAGAUGACCACUUUGGUCUCAAGAAAACGACAAUCAACAAAGAACUCGCUCACCUUUGGCAUAACGACAAGCUUCCCGACGAAGAUUUCGCUACCGGCCAUACGCGAUUCCAGAGAUGGCAUAUAGACGCCCCACUUUAUGCUCGAGACCCGGCCUGGUUCACCACUCUACGUUGCUUCAAACGACCCACAGAACCUGAAGUAACAAUUCACUGGGAUGAUGGAAGUGGUCUCACCAUGAAAGCUGAGCCAGGCUUGACGGCGUUCUUUAGCAACGUCCAAACUUACGAGCUCAUGUCGCAGGAGGAAAAGAACAUGGCUGAUCACUCAUGGGUAGAAUAUGCUCCUCAUCCUUACCAAUGGAUGGGCUCAUGUAAGAGCAAAUCAACUGGUCUGGGGCUUGUCAAUCAGAACAAGGAGAAAACACUGCUCGAGCUGGAGCCAUAUGAGGAGGGAAACGUCAAAAAGUAUCCCAUGGUAUGGAUUAAUCCCGUCACUGGGGAGAGAGCUUUCAUGGUGCAUGGGAUUUGUGUCCGUCGGGCAUUUCUUCGAUCGAGCCCCACUGAAGAGCCUGAGGUUGUGGACGAUCUCGAUCGUAUUCGUGCGUGGCUUGCAACCAUUCAAGAGCGUGUGCUCAAACCAGAUUACAUCAUGAUGCCGCCAGUCGUUGAAGGGGACAUAGUCAUGUGGGCAAAUUAUCAGAUGUUUCACACUGCGGUUGAUUAUCCGGAUCAUUGGGGAGCGCGGACAAUGCAUCAAGCGAACAUCGGUGCGAGCACCGGACCCGUAGGACCUGUGCCAAUACCAGUAUAG